GGAGGGCUCGGUUCGUGCACCUGGGGGAGCCGGUGGACGGGGUGGACAUGCGGGCAGAGGUGGGCCUGCUGACCCGGAAUGUUCUGAUCCGAGGAGAGAUGGAGCCCGGCUGUUACAGCCAGGAGGCCUGCAGAUUCUUCACCUUCGACACGUUCGGGGGGCACCUGAAGGUGGAGCGGGGGUUCCGGGCCGUUCACCUGUCAGGUGUGGAGCUGCAGCACAUGGGCCAGCAGUCCAUGGGUCACUACCCGGUCCACUUCCACAUGAACGGAGACGUGGACCAGAGGGGGGGGUACGACCCCCCCACAUCGGUCAGCCAGCUGUCCAUUCACCACUCCUUCUCCCGCUGCGUCACCAUCCACGGCUCCAACGGGCUGCAGGUCAAAGAUGUGGUGGGCUACGACACUCUGGGACACUGCUUCUUCACGGAGGACGGAGCGGAGCAGAGGAACACGUUCCAGCACUGCCUGGGUCUGCUGGUGCGCCCCGGGACGCUGCUGCCGUCAGACAGAGACGGCCGGAUGUGCCGCGGCAUCACGGAGGGGGCGUUCCCGGGGUACGUGGCCAACCCGCGGCAGGACUGCAGCGCCGCCUCCACCUUUUGGAUCGCCAACCCCAACAACAACCUGAUCGACUGCGCAGCUGCUGGCUCUCAGGAAGCAGGAUUCUGGUUCAUCUUCCACCAUGUACCCACCGGACCUUCAGAGGGACUCUACCCCCCCGGACAGAGUGAACACACCCCCAUGGGGGAGUUCAUCAACAACAGAGCACACUCCAACUACAGGGCGGGUCUGAUUCUGGAUCACGGGGUGAAGACCACGCCGGCCAGCAGUUCGGACAAGAGGCCGCCUCUGUCUCUCACUGGAGCCAGGUACGGCCCCCACCAGGACUCCGACCCGUCCAAACCCAGAGUUCCGGCUCUCAUCCACCACUUCAUAGCGUACAAGAACCAGGACCAUGGAGCCUGGCUGAGGGGGGGGGACGUGUGGCUGGACGACUGCCAGUUUGCUGAUAACGGGAUUGGCCUGACGCUCGCCAGUGGAGGAACAUUUCCUGAUGACGACGGCUCGUGUCAGCAGGUGCAGAACUCCCUGUUUGUCGGUGAAAGCGGUAACCGUGGGACGCGGGAUGCAGACAAUGGCGCCUGGGGUCCAGGAGGAACGGACCGGUCCAGCAGAACGCUGCCGCGGGCCGUGGACUUUCCCAUCCGAGGCAUGCAGAUCUACGACGGGCCCAUCAAUGUCCACAACUGCACGUUCAGGAACUACGUGGCGCUGGACGGACGGCACAGCAGCGCCUUCGGAUUCAGGCUCAACAACUCCUGGCAAAGCUGCCCCAACAACAACGUCAGCAGCAUCAGCUUUGACCACGUUCCUAUGAGCUCGCGGGUGUUUUUCGGGGCGCCGGGGCCCUGGUUCAGUCAGAUGCACCUGGACGGCGAUAAAACCACCGUCUUCCACGACGUAGACGGCUCCGUCGGCGACUUCCCCGGAGCUUUUCUGGUCAAGCAGGACAACUGGCUUCUGCGCCACCCAGACUGUGUGGACGUCCCCGACUGGAGAGCUGCCAUCUGCAGCGGCCGCUACGCCCAGGUUUACAUCCAGAUCCGGAACCCUGCCAGCCUGAACAUGCUGAUGGCGAGGAACGAGUACCCCAACAGGCCGCUGCUGCUGGAGGGCGCCCUGGGAAAGAAGAAACACUACCAGCAGUUCCAACCAGUAGUCUCUCUGGCCAAAGGGUACACCAUCCACUGGGACCAGGCGGCGCCGGCUGAGGUCAUCGUGUGGCUAAUCAACUUCAACAAGAACGACUGGAUAAGUUUGGGCAUCUGCUACCCUCCAGGCUCCGCCUUCACCAUAAUCUCCGACGUCCACGACCGCCUCAGCAAACAGACACACAAAACCGGUGUCUUCAUACGGACCAAUCAGAGUGAGAAGCUGGAGCGCUCACGCCCUUCCAGAGGGUACUACUUCUGGGAGGAGGAGACCGGUCUGCUCUUCCUAAAGGUGAAGGCCCACAGCAGCAGGGAAAAGUUUGCCUUCUGCUCUGUCAAAGGUUGUGAGAGGAUCAAGAUCACGGCUGUCAUCCCGGACAAAAGCCCCCCCAGCAACUGCAUGAGCCGGGCCUACCCCAGACACUCCCAGCUGCCUGUGGUGGAUGUUCUCAUGCCCAAGAGGAGGAGUCAUGGCACGCAGCAAUCAGAACACUUCCUGGAGGUCCGGCUGGAGUCGUUCAUCACUCGAUUCUUCCAUAUAAAAGAGGAUUUCUCCUUUACAGAGGUAAGCGGCAGGAAGUUCUACCAGCUAGAAGAUGGAAUCCAGGUGACGGUGAUUGAUGGGCAGAAUGGGGGCGUGGUCGGGAGCAGAAGCUUCAGCUCCUCCCUCCUUCAGGGCGUCCCCGCCCAGCUGGAGAAGUACAUCGACAGGCUGAAAGACGGCUCCAUUGUUCUCAUGACCUCCAAAGGUCACCUGGGAUUCAGAGGAGGCUGGACCAGAGCUCUGCAGAGGCUCGGGGGGAACAAACGCAUCGAGUUGAGAGACAAGCUGGUUCUGGUGGGCUUCAAGGGCUCGUUCCGACCUGACUGGGUCCGACUGGAGCAGGACAAGGACCACGCCAAGAUCCAUCAGGUCUUACCUGUUCCUGUUGUCGCCAAGAUGAAGCUCUGAACGAGGCUCCGCCCCCACCCCUCCCAGAGCAGACCUGAAACUCCCCAAAUGUCCUGAAGGAGAGGCACUGCUGGACCUCUGGAUUCUGGUCCAGGACCUCUGAGUGGAUGACCCGCUAACGCCCCUUCUCCUGAAGGUCCUUGGAGCUCCGCUUAAAGAAAGGUCGUCCGAGGAGAUGGACGCUUGACCCUGACACCAGGGGGCGCCAGAGUUCUGAAUCCUCUUUGGAACCAUUCGCACUGUUUGGACAAGUGGGGGGAUUUUUGUGGGACAGAGGAGCAGAACCGGUACGAUCACCUCUGCGUUCUGGUCCAGCUUCUGCUGUCAGGGCAGAACACAGACCGGGCUCCAAAACAGAAUGAUCCGGACUUCAAGGGACCGGACGGGAAACCUGUAGUCUGAUGCAAUGACGGUACCAAAACUGCAGCAUGACCCCCCCUGUCUGUUUCCAUGAAUGUCUUCUCUUAACCGUCUCUGAAGUGGAUCAGCCUGGUGACCCGUUCCAGGCCGGUCCGGUUCUCCCAACGCUGCUGUUUAAGCUCAGAACUGUUAUAUCUGCUCAAACCCAGACUCGUCAGAUCCAUCCGUAUUCUGGUUCUGUUCCUGGAAAAUGUUAUGCUAUUUUAUGCACGCCCUCUACUGGAGGAGGAGGGGUCACACCAUAACCUGUCGGGUCAGAACAUCAGAACGUCGUUCUGAGGGUCUGCAUAUAUGCUGUUACAGUGAUGGAUGUUUCCAGAAAACGGAAUAAAACUGAUUGAUCGCA